GUAGCCUGCAGUCGCAGUCCACCCUGCUACUCCAAAGUCUUCCCUCCCCUUCGCUGGGAGUCAGCCUGCCGUGGUGAGCAACCAGUCACUGCAUGGCAGACUUUAUAAAGAGGGGAUAAACCUUCGACGCACAGAUGAUAACAGGAGCGACACCAAAUAAACAGACAAAAUGUCCACCAAAAAGUCUUCGCUGAUGCCAGGUGAUGUGGAGAACCUGCGGAGAAGAUCUGUGGCUGACUCUCACGAGAACUGUCUAGACCCUGAACAGCAUUACCGGUUUCCACAGCGACCUUCCCAAAGUGAUUGGCUCUGCGUUGGCCCCCAGCAUCCAGACCUAGGUGCAGUGGAGACGUUCUCCCCAGAUGCUUCUGCCCACCAUUUCUGCCACUACACUCCGAAAUGUUUCCUCACCAUCAACAGAGGACAUGCCACCUCAGCCCUGUCUACUCAGUCACAAAGUGCCCGGUCUACUCCGUCACGGUAUGGAGAAGAGAGUUGGCAUGAUGGCACCUCAAAGACCACAAUCAGAGCUGAGAAUGAGGUGGAGGCUCACAGGGAGGCCAACAACUACAAGUUUGGCUUCAGGAAGUGGAAGGGCCAUGUGACGGAGAAGCCCAUAGAAGACAGAUCAGACGACAUCAGAGAGCUCUACUCUGAUCUUAGCAUUGUUAAGCCUCGAGAAGGCUCAGUGGUCACCUUUGGGAACAUAAUUUAUGUAUUUUUAUUUGGAUGGUGGAUAUCUUUAAUCUACUUCCUCAUUUGUCCUGUAAUGUUUCUAACAAUCUUCGGUGCUCCCUACGGCAAACUUUGUUUAAAGAUGGCGUGGUACUUUAUUUGGCCAUUUGGGAAGUUGUUAGAAAAGGCCGGUGAUGUAGUUAACAGAUCCACUGUGAGGCCUCCUAAGUGUGAGGUCAUUCCAGAGGAGAGGAACUGUGAAGACAGUAAGGACCUUGUCAGGAACAAGGACUCUGCGCCUCUUCUAAUAUCUUCCCCAAUUGCUAUUGAGAUCCCUGUCCCAGAACCACCGGCUAGAAAAACUUCAAAGCACUGGUGUCGCAUCAGUACUUAUGUUUGGUUGUUACUGGGUUACCCUGUCCUCGCUGUGGUCCACUCCCUGGCCUGUGUGCUCUCCUGGCUGCUGGUCUUCUCUAUACCUGUAUUCAAGAUGAAUGCUUGCACACUGAUCGCUAUCCUCCGCAUGGCACCAGAGGACAUUCAGGUUCACAGACUGGAAAAGAAACUUGGGUGCGAGACCAGAGUCAUCUUAUGCUGUUAUCAAGCAUUCAAUGUGUAUUACUACAAAUACACUGUCCAAGGAGUCAACAUUUUCGCCAUCAAUUCACUUCCCCUUGUAUUAAUGACUCUGAUUGUUGGCUAUACUGACCGUGAACACAAUUACUGUAGUGCGGAGACCAAGUUUGCCACAGCCAUCACUUCAAUCAUUCCUCUGUCCUACUAUAUUGGCAUGGGUAUAGCCAGCAUUUCUGCACAGAGUAACUUUGCAGUGGGAGCUGUGGUGAACGCCACAUUUGGCUCCAUCACGGAGAUGACAUUCUACAUCACAGCACUGCUGCAGGGACACCAUGCUGCAACCAAAUGUUACGAAGAGGUUGUUAAAGCAGCACUCACUGGGACCUUGCUUGGGUCUAUCCUGUUAAUACCUGGUAUCUCUAUGAUCAUUGGGGGCAUUAAACAUAGAGAGCAGCGAUUUAACAGCCGUUCAGCCGGAGUGAGCUCAGCCUUGCUCUUCAUAUCCAUAGGAGGUGUGUUUGCUCCCACCCUCUUCUCGAAGACCUUCGGGAAUCUGGUGUGUGAAAGCUGCACCAAGAUUCCAGGCAAUGCCAGUGUACCCUUCAUCUGCAAGGAUUGUCACUACGACUUGAGUCAUGCUGACCCACAUUUGAUUCUGUCCCAAAUCGAGCCCCUGGUGUACACAGUUUCUGUGCUGCUGCCUGCUGCAUACCUGAUUGGCCUCAUCUUCACACUGAAGACCCACUCCCACAUCUAUGAUAUCCAUAUCAGCGAUGGCCAAGGGGGCCAUGCACAUGGUCAGUACGUACAGGAGGGUACCAGCACCUACCACCCCACUGCAGGUCAUCAUGUAGUCCACUGGUCCCGGUGGAGGGCUCUUGCAGUGCUAAUUGGUGCCACAGUGUUGAUGGCCUGCUGCGCUGACCUCAGCACAGAGAACAUUGAGCCCAUGCUUACUCACUACUCCAUCUCACAGUACUUCAUCGGUGUCACGGUGUUGGCCAUGGUGCCAGAGCUUCCUGAGAUUGUCAAUGGGAUCCAAUUUGCACUGCAGAACAACAUCAGCCUUAGCCUUGAAGUGGGCAGUUGCAUUGCUGUGCAGGUCUGCAUGAUACAGAUCCCACUGCUCGUACUCUUCAAUGCCUUCUAUGAUGUUGGAUUCGUUCUUGUGUUCAGUGAUAUUCAUCUCUGGUCCAGCAUCUUCAGUGUGAUUCUGGUCAACUACAUCUUCAUGGAUGGAAAAUGUGACUACUUUCAGGGCACCGCUCUAGUGGUGGUCUACUUCAUCCUUUUGGCCCUGUACUUCUUUGCUCCUUCUCCACGUGCUUGUUGAUCUUCCUGCCUAGAAAAAUCCUAAGGCUCCAGAAUAUCAUGCCACUAUAAAAAUGCACUAAUCUGUCAUCUUCAGGUGGUGUGGGUUCAGUGGCACAAAAGAUGGAAAAACAAUUGGAUAAGAGUUUUGAAAUUUCACAGUGGAGCUGUAAGUUAAAUAUACAGCUAGUCUGCUUUUUUUGUCAAUGUAUGAUACUGACUUUUUCACUGUUCUGGCUGGCAUAACAAUCUGUGACUUGGGUUUUUUGCUCUUACAUUUAAAUGUAAAUGCUAUGGCUAUUUAUUUUUGGGUCGGCAUCAUUGUUAUAUUUGGUUUAUAUUGGACAUAAUAAAUGCAUCAAUUUAUAAAACGU